CAUGGUGCCGUGCGGCGGGUCGUCGCGCCUGCGCAGUGCGGGCGGCGGGCUGCGCAGAGUGCGAGGCUCUUUUGUUCGACAGAGGGGAGGGCCGCUGGCCGGGGCCUGCGGUACGCCGCUUCAUUGAGGGGCUCCUCGGCGGCCACCAGCUUGUUGCUUUUCCUGGGCGCCACUCCCCCGGCUGGCCCGACGCGACGCGCCAGUAGCGCAGCACCGAUUCCUCUCGGGUUUUUGGGCGCUGCUCUGAGCGGCGUCACCCUUUACACCAGAAAGCUGGCGGGCACUAUGGGGAAAAAACAAAACAAGAAGAAAGUGGAGGAGGUGCUAGAAGAGGAGGAAGAGGAAUAUGUGGUGGAAAAAGUUCUCGACCGUCGAGUGGUAAAGGGCAAAGUGGAGUACCUCCUAAAGUGGAAGGGUUUCUCGGAUGAGGACAACACGUGGGAGCCAGAAGAGAACCUGGAUUGCCCUGACCUCAUUGCUGAGUUUCUGCAGUCACAGAAAACAGCACAUGAGACAGAUAAAUCAGAGGGAGGCAAGCGCAAGGCUGAUUCUGAUUCUGAAGAUAAGGGAGAAGAGAGCAAACCAAAGAAGAAAAAAGAAGAGUCAGAAAAGCCACGAGGUUUUGCUCGGGGUUUGGAGCCGGAGCGGAUUAUUGGAGCUACAGACUCCAGUGGAGAGCUCAUGUUUCUGAUGAAAUGGAAAAAUUCUGAUGAGGCUGACCUGGUCCCUGCCAAGGAAGCCAAUGUCAAGUGCCCACAGGUUGUCAUAUCCUUCUAUGAGGAAAGGCUGACGUGGCAUUCCUACCCCUCGGAGGAUGAUGACAAAAAAGAUGACAAGAAUUAACUCUGAGUACCAGCCCCUGUCAUAUCUGACUGUGGGUUUCAAGUGGGGAGGGAAGGAGUUUUACUUGUCUUGACACCAUAGAGGUGGCUUGAGAAGAUGUCCUUUGAAGAGCCAGUAUAGUUUCUGUGCCCUGCAGCAGCCCAAAGUGCUUUAAAGCCGUUCAAGCUGUAUAGUUUGCACACCCAUCCCAGUGGAGGGGAAGGGGGGAUAAGUGUUUCAAGGCAACCCAUUCUGCACUUUGUUGAGAAAAGCAAAGGGCCUUCUAUGAAGGACAAAACUUGUAGAAUUGGGUGUGUGGGAGAACAAAAAGAUACUGUAGAUCUUCAAAGAGCAUCUCCACAACCCACAGCCUUCUUCCCAAUAGUGUUAACUCUGCAUUUUUACAGCGUAGCAUGUGUGUAGUUUUUGGCUAUUACUGGUGUAUUAUUUGGGGGUGGGAGGGAUGGGGUGGAAAAGAAAGGAGAUGAGUAGGAUCAUUUUGGUUAAAAUUUGGGGCCUGAUUGGGGAAAUGGUGAAAUAAUGGAAAGAACAGACAACUAAUGAUUUGCUUCUAUGUCCAUAAUAUUUUACCUUUUCAAAAAAUGCCAUUGGCACCACAAAUGAGGACUGUGAGAGACUGUUUAAAAGCUGUGAAUGCCUGAAACCUGUAAGCCAAGGUGUUCCCUGCCUGAACUUAAUGCUGUUCCCCACAAAGUACUAAGCCAGCUCAUAAGUUACCAAAGCUGCCAUUGUGGAGAUGGAAACUGACUGAAGAGAGGAAAGUCUUGUAUUGGAGAGUAUACAUCGGCAGAUCAUUCUGUCCUAGAGGUGCUAAUUCCUAAAAUUAAACAAGACGACCCUUUCUUUUCCAGUUACGAAGUUAUAAAUAGCUUAUUCAUCCAAGCCACUGGCUGAGGUGUUGGGGAAGAGGGUGGUACAGGAGAUGGGAGAGUAGGGAAGACAAGGGCCCAUGCUCUUAGGGCAGAGAACUCGUGAAAGCCUCUCUGUUGUUGUUUUGUUUUUUUUCUUUGAACUUUUGAGAUGGGACAGUAGGGAAGACAAGGGCCCAUGCUCUUAAGGCAGAGAACUCUUGGAGCCUCUCUGGUUUUUGUUGUUGUUGUUGUUGUUGUUGUUUUUUGAACUUUGAACUCUAAAACCAUUGGUAGCAGGGUUCAGUCACUGACAGCACAAGUUUCAUUGAAUCAGUUCAAGAGUUGAAUGAUUUCAAAAGCCCUGGUCUCAGGAGAAGAUUAAACUUUCAUACUGGGGCAAUGGUUUGCUGUAAAACACAACAAACAAAAAACAUUUUUUAAAAAAUCCUAAGAAUUAAAUGAUACCCAAAAUACUCUGUCUUGAAUCACAAGAUCCAUCAGUUCUUGACAUCUUCUAGAGUUGCAACUAGAGCUACAUUGUAAAAUCUUUUUAGGCAUGUGCUAGAUUUCUGUGAAAUUUUGUUUAAAUGUAAACUUCAUACCACACUGUCAGUUUUUGUCUUAAUAAAACUAUAGAUUUAUAA